UAUUUAUUGAAAUUAAUCUUAUAUUAUCCGAUUAAAUAAAUUUUUGUUAUUUAAAUUUAUUUAUUUGAAUAUCGAUUUAUCCAAUUCUUAUUAUUUAAAUGAAAAAUUUCUAUUAUAAUUAUAAUUACAAUGAUAAACAAGAACAAAAAAUCAAUUUUGUAUUUAUUUUGAUUUUUUAAUGAUAAAUAUAUUAUACACAUAAAUUUUAAUUAUUAUUAUAUUAUUUUAAUAUUUAUUCUCCAUAUUCAACUUCAAUCAAUUAAUCAAUUAAGAUAAACAACUUUUUUUCGUAUAUAUAACUAUUACUUUGUCUUUUUAAUUAGAGAUAUUUAUAAGUUAUAUAUAUAAUUAAUAUUUAUUAUAACAAAUAUUUAUAAAAAAUUAUUUUUAGUACUACAUUGAAUUUUUUUCUUGGAUUAUUUAGAUUAUUCUGUAGAUUUUUAAAUAAAUAAAAAAAUAUAUAUUUUAUUUAUUUGAAAUUUUAUUUCAAUCAAAUUUUUAUAAUGUUUUUAAUGAAAUUAGUUAUUAUAUGAAUACUUUCAAAAUCUAUAUUUACUUUGCAAUAAAUUUAAAUAACUUAAAUUCUAAAGAUUAUUUCUUUUAUUAUUUUUAGAGUUUUUUAAUUUUUAUACUUUUAAAUACUAUUUAAUUUUUUAAAUAUGUAAAAAAUAAAUAAAUAUUUUUAUCAUAAAUGUAAUGUAUUAUUAGUUAUUAUUUAAAAAUACAUUUUUCUGAUUACAAAAAUAAUUUUAAAAAAACAAUGAAAAAUAUGAUAUUUUCUUCAAUUAAAUUACACAAUUUAUAUUUGAGUGGAAGGAAGUAAUUCAGGAUAUGUCAUGUCAUUGAAAUGCACAUUGAAUUCAAAUUUUUUUUAAUAGUAGAAUAACAUAACAUGCAAUUAUUGUCAUCACUUUUUCCUGUUAAUUUCGUAUAUAUGUUUGAUUUUAAGCGAAUAUGGUUUCAAUAAUUGUAAGAUAAUUUAAUAGAAUAUUGACUGUAUAUAUAGAAAAAUUAUGGAAAAUUUUGUUUUCUUUAUUUUCUACUGCAUUAUUUUACUUUUUCUUCAUAAGGGAAUAUCUUUAAGAUGUCAUUCUGGAAAUCAAGAAAUGAACGAACAAUUUCAAAAAGUGUUGAAAACUUGUAAAAAUCGCCAUAUCGAUUUAAAUACAAUUAAUUCGAAUGAUUCUAUAUCUACAGAAAACAAUGAUAUAGGAAGUGACUUUAUUUUCGAUGAAAAUGUAUACGACAAAAAUAUUUUUUAUAAAAAAAACAAUAAUCAUUCAUAUAAUGAAUUUACAAAUAAUCAAAAAUACAGAAAUUCUGACAAAAAUAGCGAUACAAAUAUUUAUUCAUCUGAUCAAUUAAUUAAAGCAAAUACAAGAUAUUUACAAAAUAUAAAACAUAUUCAUGAAAUGAAUAAUCGAAAUUUCUGGAAUUCUAAAAAUUUGCCCAAUAGAAAAAGUGAUUUUAAUAAUAAAGAUAUGAAUAACGGAGAUAUGUAUUUCAAUAAUGAUACUAAUCAAGAACAAGAUUGUAUUAUACAAUGUUUUUUUAAUGAAUUAAAUGUCGUUGAUCAAAAAGGAUUUCCAGAAAGAAAUUCAGUAAUUUCAUUAAUGAGUCAAAAUAUUCAAGAUCCAGAAUUAAAGGAUUUUGUUGAAGAAUCAAUUAUAGAAUGUUUUCAUUAUCUUGAAUCAAAUAAACGAGAAAAAUGUGAAUUCUCACAAAAUUUAAUAAAAUGUUUAAGUGAAAAAGGAGAGCAAAAAUGCGAAGAUUGGGAAAAUUAAAAAAUAUAUUUUUAUAAAAUUAUUUUAAAAAUGUCUAAAUAUUUAUAUAAUUAAAUAUGCAAAAUAGUAAAAUUUGAAAAAAUA